CAAUUCACAAUCAAAACAUACACCAAUGUAAUGCAAUCUAAUUAUAGAAAUACUCAAAAAUGUUUAGGAUUCCAGGAAAAAUAUUAUUCAGAAGUUUAUUAAAUGUGCGCCGACAGACCGUCCAGAUCCAACUAGCAAGUUUAUCUCGUCUGAAGUAUACUCCACAAGAGAGGGAGACCUGUCCUCCGCCUCCGGCUCUCCCGCCACCGAAGCCCAAAGAUGACACCGCUAUAUGGGGCGCACUCACUGUGCUCUUUCUUGCCGGAGGCUUUGCCGUCAUUGCCAAACGUAAUCCAGAACUUCGGGAUUGGCUCAGCAUAUAUGCGCCAUGGUUUGACGAUGCUAUAGCGAUAUUUUACGAAGAAAAUAUGACAUACUCUGAAUUUGCUACAGAAUGUAUUGACAAUAUGAAGUCGUUUUUUGAUGGUGGAAAGGGCAAUAGAUCAAAAGAAUGCUCUUUAGAUGGAAAACGUGUUACAACUGUUCCUAACAAAGAAGAAAUCUUACCUGAAAAUUCGUGUUAUGAAAAUGUUAUCGAGUCUAAAGAAGAGGGUAAACCAAAGGAUGUAUGUGAACUUCGGGAGUGUAUUCAAGAGUUUGCCAAUACAAUUACAAAGAACUACUGCAAAGCUACAAAUGCCUGUGCAUGUUAUAAUAAAGUGGUCAAAGACACAAUGGAAAAUUUCUCAGUGCCUGGUGUUAAAAAGCUUCACGAUAUGAUGGCUAAGAGAAAAGAAACAGAAGAAGAAUGUCUCAGAGAUAUUAAGGAAGCACAGGCUAAGUUAGAUAGUUUAAUCAAAUACUUACAGUGCGAAUUUAAGGCUCCAAAGGAAAUAGUUGAUAAAACGGAAAACUUAGUGAAUCAUGUACAAUCAAGAAUAAAGGAAGCAUUAAUCAAAUACAAAUGGGAAAAUGAUUCUGCCUUAGCAGUAGAUGCACAUUGGCAGAUAGUUGAGCAAGCGGUAGACAAAUAUUUGUUUGAGAAUCAGACCAUGUAUCCAGAGAUUAAUUACGUGGAGAAUCAGCUGCAGCUGAGAGGAGAUCCAGAUUUACUGUUGUAUCAUUCAUACCGAUAUUCGCAGCGGCUGAAAGAACAGAUGAAGGAAGCCGUUGAAAAUAUGACAGACCGAGUAGAAAGGGGCUAUCAAAUGCUACCUCCAGAUAAGGACAGAGAGGCAAAAGUUAAGAACAUGUAUAAUCACAUGAAGGCUGCACUAGAUAAUCAGUACAAACAGCGGUAUCAAGAUCAACGUAAACAAAACGACGAGGCCCUUGCAGACGGCUUAAGGUUGCAAAAAGAAAAACAUGAAGAAAAUUUGAAUAGAAAUCUGAUUAAAGUAGAAAAAGAGACAACUGUGAAACUAAAUAAAAUGGUCGCAGAGAAGGUCGCGGCACAGAAGAGAAUAUUUGCCGAGGAGCUGGCUGAUAUGUCUGUUAAGUUGAGGAUUGUUGAAGAUAAUCUUAAUGCUCAUUUAAAGGCCGAGCGGGAAGCCAAGAGAUCGCAGGAACUAUGGAUAGCGGGCGCGUCCUUACUGGCUGCUACGAAAAAGGGCGAGAAAAUUGUAAAUGUUCAAAGGGAACUCCGAGCUAUUGAGAAGGCUAAAGGCGAUGGUGACAAGCUUGUUGAGACUGUGAUGAAAGCAAUACCUGCCUCGGUGAUGGAAGAUGGACUCAUUCCCGAGAGUGUCCUGAAGGAGAAGUACCGACGUAUGGAGGAUGUCGCAAUGAAAGUAGCUCUGGUUGAACAAGAUGGCGCGAUACUUCCUGUCUAUCUUCUGUCAUGGAUACAAGCUGUGUUCCUCUUCAUGAAGCUACCGGGAAUCCCACGGGAAGAAAUUGAGAAGCCUCCCAAAGAACCCUUCGAUGGCCUGGAUACGUUUGACAAGCUGCAAAGAGCAAGAUAUUGGAUGGAACAUGGGAAUAUAGCAGCCGCUAUUCGCUACGUAAACUCUUUAGAAGGUGCCUCAAGGUUGGUCGCCAUAUCCUGGCUGAACGCAGCGGUGGCACUCUUGGAGACGAGACAAGCUGCUGAGGCUAUCUUGGCGCACGCAGCAGCCCUUGGUUUGCAAUACGUUUAAGUCCUCAUCCAUUAGAAUUUAAUUUAAAAUUUGUAUGAAAUGUUUAGAAACUAUGAUGUGAAAUCAAAAUGGCGGACACAUUUUGACAGGCAAAAUUAAUUAUACAUAUAAGAAAUAUAUGAUUUUGUUAUAAAAUUGUUCUCGGGGAAAUAAAAAAAUACAGUAAUAUAGCUCAGUAAGGUACUACAAAAUGAUACCUAUGCUUAAAUAACAAAAUGGCGGAUACUUUUGUCAAGCAAAAUUUAUACGAUACUUUGGUACAUCAAAAUCAAUAUGCGGGUGUAUAUUGUCAUAUAAAAAUUAUUUUAUUGUUAUCUAAGAUUAAGGAUUGGUCUUCGCUGCGCUCCAACUAGAUACCGCAGGAAUAGUCGCAAAGUGCAGCAACUAAUAUUACGCCCAAGUGGACGUCUUCGAGCCAGUCUCGAACAAUGCGUGACGUUGACGUGCCACAUGUUCUAUUAAACUUUGCUAAUAAUUAAAACUAAAAUGCCGGGCUGCGUAGUAAAACUUAGUAGAAAUGGGAUCACACAUCAUCAGUAAAUAUUUUGUAUUUUGUUAAUUUCAAUGUAAAAUAACACCAAGCGUAUGUUACAAAAUUUGCCAUUGAGUGUCAAAAUGUUUGCGUGACAAGUAUCUAAUAGUUGCCGUAAUAAAAAAGGCUAUUGUUCUUAGUUAGUGCGGUAUCUAGUUUGAGCGGAGCGGAGAUUUAUAAUUUAUCAAGUACUUCCAGACUUGUUGUACGUACUUAAAUUUUAGUUUUGAAAUAAACUACUAGUUUCUUGUAUUAGUUCUCUUGAUGUCAACAAAAUAAAUUUGUGUACAUUA